CUCGAUCUUGCAUCCUUCAUUGUGGUGGAUCAAAGGGUCUGUAAGUUCUUUCCAAAUCAACUUACAGAACGAAAGAUUUUACAAAGGAUAUAACAAAGCGAAUGUAUGGCAAAGAAGGUGUAAGCGAAAGCACGAGAGAUGACAUACAAGCCUUUGAAAGUAAGGGAUACGAACUUGGAGCGGAACCCAAGCUGGAAGCUGUUGAUCCAAAAGCCAAAAAGCCGCCUCCGUCAAAAGGGAAAAAGGAGGGACCUCCUGCUGUUUUUGAUCCUGCUGUUAUUGCCCAGCAAGGGAAAGCUUACCUUGAAGAUGUCAAAGCUCGGAAGGGUAGGGAGGAUGCUGACAGAUUUCAACAUCGUCAAAACAUACGAAAGGAAGAACUGGAAAAACUGGAGAGGGAAAAAGAGGCAGAAGAAGCUAGGAAGAAAGAGGAGGAAGAACAGACUGUCCAAAAAAGACUGGAAGAAGAACUUCGGCAAGCUGAAAUUCUUCGAAUGCAAGAAGCUGAGCUAGAGAGCAUGCAUGCCUAUCGAAGAAACUUCGAGUUGCAAAUAGCCGAGCAGAGGCAACGGGAAUGGGACGCUGUUCUUGCUCGUGACAGGGAGUUGCUCAUAAUGAUGCGGCAAGACUGCUUUGAUGAAGUCGAACACGAGCAUCAACUUGUGGAGGCAGAAAAGAAAAGGAAAGCCGAAAACAGGAAAACGAGGCAUAGGGAGAUGUGCCGGGAAGUCAUUCUUCAAAUUACAAGUCUGGCUGAGAGCCGGGCUUGCUAUCGGGAAAGCACUAAUAGUGACCUUCCUAUGCUGGAAUGGCGCGAGUGGCAAACGCUGUUUGUGAAGGGGGCUAUUAUGCCGAGUCCAUUAUGCAGCGAUAUAAUUUCUACCGAGUCACAAACGGAAGAGGAGAAUCGCAUCGCUGACGAGGCUGCUGCAAUGGAAUACUUCCAAGAACAAGGUGAAUGGAAUGGAGUUCAGCCGAUUGGCAAGAACAAAGAGCUUGGGAUUAUCUUGCAUAUUAUUCACACAAUGGCGGAUGUUCCACCAAAACCGCUGCCCAUACCACACUUCUCCGAAUGGACGCUGAAGCUGGCAACCGUUGGAAUUCCAUAUUCAGGGAGGUCGACUAUUGCGACAAAAAUCGCCACCGAAUUUGGUAUCAAAACAAUUGAAAUGGAUAAAAUUCUGGCUGCUGCCAUAGCAGAAGCCGAAGCAGAAGAAGCAAACCAACCAGUAAACGCGGAACCAGCUCCAGAGACACCAGCUCCAGAUACUCCAGCGCCGGUUAACGAAGUUGAACCUUUGACAGUUCCAGCGGAAGGUGCCCCAAGCCCUGUUGAAACUGUAGAGGUGCAGCCAACACCACCCCCGCCACCAACUAAGGCGCAACUGGGAAAAGCUGCCAAACAGUGCAAGCAACAGGGACAACAGGUACCAGACGAAGUGAUGGUGACCUUGCUUGUCAUGACCAUAAGCAAUCUUCACGCAACUGAGGAUGAAAAAGCUCCACCCAAGAAACCUCUUCCCAAGGACAAGAAGGGCGGGAAAGGUGCCGAGCCUGAAAUAAACGUCACAGGGUUCAUUCUAGAUGGAUUUCCAAACACUGCUGGGCAAGCGGCGGCACUUGAAAAGGCUUUGACAGGACUUGACUUUGAGUUUACAGCUCGACACGAGGCGGAGGCAUCUGUAUUGGCACCUCCGCCUCCUAUUAUAAAGGUAGACAAGUUUGUUUCAGGCCUCGAUGGUAUCUUUCUAAUGGAAUGUCCAAACGAAGAAAGAGCUUUGAACAAAGCGUUAGGAAAGCGUGUCGAUAGCAAGACUGGCUUGUUCUAUCACCUUGAUUACGAUCCACCUCCGCCAACUGAUAAGACUGGUAUUGCUUCGCGCCUGCAACCUGUCGAAGAACCGGAUUUAGCCCGUAUUAGAAUUGUGGAAGGGUUGCAGCUCUGGCCGGCUCUAACGUCGUGGAUGAGCAAGUUCUUAAACGCCUUCUGGGUUGGUAUGGAGGAGGAUGGCAAGGUGAAACCAGAGGAUGCGAGCAACGUAGUAAAGGACUUCGUUGCUGCAAAAGUUCAGGCCGACGCCGCGGCUGCAGCCGCUAAAGCUGCAAGAGAAGCCGAGGAGGCUACGAAUCUCGCAUUGGGAGAAGCCGAGAAGGCCAAAGUCGGGUGUGAUAUUGCUAGCAAACAGCUGUACUUCGCCAAAGUUGGCGAGAUCGAAGCGGCAGCAGUGCUUGAAUCAUUUCCCGCUGAUCCUUUGGCUAAAGAGACUCUACGGGUGAAAGCAAGUACAAUGGCUGGCCAGAAACUCAACGAGGCAGUAAAAGCUUUAAAGGAGAUCCAAAACCCUCUGGAAGUUACUCAAAAGGCAGCUGCUCAGGCUCAAGAAGCAGCAACGAGAGCACAGGAAGCAGUCGGUGGGGCAGAUGCUUGUUUUCAAGCAAAAGCCGAUGCAGAAGCGGCAGCAGAAGCCGCAAAACAAGCCGCUUCGCGGGCCAGUGUUGCAUCUCAAAAGGCUGGUUUUGCUUUUGAGGCUGCGUCGUCUGACUUUGCCAAAGUGGAAAAACCAGAAGCAGCAGCUGCAAAGGGUAAACAACAGGAAGAAGCACAGGAUGUUUCUUCAGGCGAAACAGCAGCAGCUGCUGAACCUGCUCCCGAAUAUCCAGAAAUUGAUCUAAGCACCGCAGUUACCUUCCAUUCAAGCUGGAAGCAAAUAGAGUCCCUCUACUUCUCAUGCCUUAAAAACCUCUUUCAUAGCCUUAGAGUGGAACGUGUCAAUGGACGUAAUAUCCUGCAGGAGAUCAAAAUGAAUUUUGGAGUGUUCUUGAAGAGGCCAGAUAAUAAACAAAAGACCUUCGAUGAUUUUCAGGCGAAGUAUAACCGGAUUGAAAUCGACCAACGUCGUCAACCGAAGAUGAAGCAGACUCUGAAGAAGACGGUGGACGACCUUGCAAAGCAACUUCGUACUAUUUGUGACCAGAGGCUGAAGGAAGCUCAAGAAAACUGCAAAAAAGUACUCGCUGAUUGGAUUGGGCAAAGAACGUCGUCGUGUAUCUCUCUCUUCACCAAUUUGAUUCAAACAGAAAUUGACAGGCAUCUGCAAACUUGUGCGUUUCUCCAUGAAGUUUACUUCAGAAAGCCGAGCUCGGCUGUCAUGGAAACUUUUAAUCCUGUGAGCAACCUGGUAGAAACCGCGCAGGUUCCUCCAAAGACUUUUCCUGUCCCCGGAUGGAUUCCGGGAGUCACUGCUUCUUCUCCUCAGAUUUCUCAGAUUGUUACAAAAGCUCUCUUUUUAAUCGAUGGAAUAAUAAAGGCAGCGACUGAUCCUGAACUGGACAAUCGGGCGAAGGCUGGAGGGAAGUCGAAGCCGCCUCCGGCAAAAUCAAAACCCGGAGAAGGAGAUGGUCAAUCACCUGGUCCAUCGGCUAUGUUGCGGGAACAUGAAAUUAUUCAAUCUCGGCUUCAGUUGCUUGCAAGCAAGGCUUGCACAUAUAUGGGGGAGUUGCAACCACUGGUUAAUGGUUCAUCGGCACGCAUGGAAAAGUGGAUGAACAAUUGCAACAAGGUUGAAUCUGAGAUUGUUACGGAAGUCAUUGAGCUUUCUAACGAGGCUGUUGAGGAAGCAAUUCCUCUGUGGUAUCAAAUGAACUUAGAUGGUGGAGAGCUUGUGAUUAAUGAGGAACAUAUGAUGGUGGAUCCUCCUCCACAAUUGGCGGUGCAACCGGUGAUUGACGUAAACAAAUGGCACUUCAAGCUUCUUCGUAAUCUUGUGGAAAUUCUACGGACCAUGUCGCUUGCAGGUUACAUAGAAACGGAAAAAGCUACAUCAACUUUACUACAGGCGGUCCAAACCGCACAUGCACAGGGAAAAGAAGACGUUGAGUUUGCUCAAGUUCCACACCUUCCAGCAACCAAGGGGAGACCAUUUGGACCAUUCCAGAUCUGGCUGGACUACACGAACAAUGUUAUGAAGAAGGUUCCUCCGGCGAAAACUGAGGCCGAGACUGUACAGAUAUUAGACUGGAGAGCGUUGAUAAUGACGCUAGCGGAUAUACACUUCAAUGAUUGCAUUUCUGCAUCGAGUGUCGAGAAUGUCAAGCAAGUCUGCAGCCUGCUUGAAGAAACAAGCAAAGAUACAGAUGGUUUACUAAGCCUGGAGAGCUUUGUCAGCGUCCCAUUCUGGUUUGAUCAAGCUGUUAAUCAAGGAGCUGCUGACAUUGGGACUGAGCUCAAGACGCUUGCCUAUCAAAUGCUUGUGCUCCCUCCGCUUGAGCCAGAAGCAGUAGAGGCGCCUCCAGAAGCUCCGGAGCCGGCAGCAAAAGCCCCUGAACCCACACCUACACCUGCAGCUGCCACGCCUCCCAUUCCAUGGCAGAGGCUGGCACUCUACUUCUGCAGGGACGAAGACAAGGAAAAGGCACUCUCGAAGGUGUUUCAAGUGCUUUUGGGCACGGGGUCGGAUGUUCUAGAGCUGAGACCCGAACAAUUGCUGCAAGCGAUCUACCACUUAAGCUUGGAUGAAGCCUCGACAUCCGGGUGCCUUGCCUGGGCUCCUCAAGACAUCAGAGAACUCAUACUGAAAAUCAAGAGCGAGUUGGCACCUCAGGCCGUGGACGAAGGCGAUGACGUUGAUUCGGACGGAAGCCAGGGGAGCGGGAGGCUGUGCACAAGAAGCACGGUAGCGCAGCGAGGCUCUAACCUCAGCGAACAGACGAACAUCACAGUGCGAGACUUUGGCGUGCCGGAAAACGCCUCCCUCACCGAGGUUCUCACCGAGGCAUCGUCCAUCAAGGGGGCAAGGGACGAGACGUGCUCGGAGCUGAGCGACCAGGCAGUGGAAACCAUCCAGCAGUUCCUGGAUGCGUUGAGCGCCACUCCGCGAGAGGAAGCGGCCGCAGGAACGAGCCCAGCGAUCCUGCCGCCGGGAGAAGUGGUGGAGCGCCAAGUUUCGGUCAAGGAGAUCUUGAGCGCGCAGUGCGCUGCAAACCUGUGCUCGAUCUUACUGGAGAACUACUGCAGCAAGCAAAUCCAUGUCAUGAACGUGAAGAAGGCGGACGAGAGCGAGAGCGAGGGCAGCAGGCCCAAGGAAGAAUUCGCCCCCUUGGCGCCAUAAUUUGAAUUCAAACCCAAGCUCAGAUAUUAGGGUUCUUUUGAGUAAA